AAUUUAAUUUUUAGUGCCCCCUGUAAGCAGAGUGUGAUUUCAAUAAUCCAUUUGUCGUUCUGACCACACCCUAUAUAGGUGACAUGUGUGCUUCCGUCUCGUUCUUACAGUUGGGGAAACCGAGGCAUGACGCUCCCCCACCCAGCUUCAUGGUGGGAUCCGGGCACCGUCCUGCCUGCAUGACCUCAGUGGGUCCCCUUCAUCUGUUCAGGCGCCUCUAGGAAUGCUCACGUCCUGCUCUGCCGCAGCCUCGGGACUGCUCCUCCGCCCAGCCGCACCCGCCCGCUCGGGAGCACCUUCCUCGGGGAGGUCCCGCAGGCUUCGGUCUGGCUGUCUCUCCCGGCUCUCCCCGGCUUUGGUUUCCCCCGGCCCCCGACGUGCGGGCGCCCCCAGCCCAGCGGCCCCAGCGCGGUGCGGGCAGAUGCCGCCCCGGCGUGGAGCGAGCGCGGCGGAGGCGGCGCGGCUGGAGUUUUGUAGGAAGCCAACCUCAGAGAGGCAGACAGGAUGGCUAGCUCAGCCCGGGAGCAUCUGCUUUUUGUGCGGCGUAGAAAUCCCCAGAUGCGGUACACUCUGAGCCCAGAGAAUCUCCAGAGCCUGGCUUCACAGAGCUCCAUGCCAGAGAACAUGACCCUGCAGCGAGCCAACAGUGAUACCGACCUGGUGACUUCUGAGAGCCGUUCCAGCCUGACUGCCAGCAUGUAUGAGUAUACGCUGGGGCAAGCCCAGAACCUCAUUAUCUUCUGGGACAUCAAGGAGGAGGUGGACCCCAGCGAUUGGAUUGGACUCUAUCACAUAGAUGAGAAUUCUCCAGCCAACUUCUGGGAUUCUAAAAACAGGGGUGUGACUGGAACUCAAAAAGGACAAAUUGUAUGGAGAAUUGAGCCUGGGCCCUACUUCAUGGAACCGGAGAUAAAAAUCUGUUUCAAAUACUACCACGGCAUUAGUGGAGCCCUUCGAGCCACAACCCCCUGCAUCACGGUGAAGAACCCAGCUGUGAUGAUGGGAGCGGAAGGCAUGGAAGGAGGUGCUUCCGGAAAUCUGCAUUCUCAGAAACUUGUCAGCUUUACGCUGUCAGAUCUCAGGGCAGUUGGGCUCAAGAAAGGGAUGUUCUUCAAUCCUGACCCUUAUCUUAAGAUGUCCAUUCAGCCAGGGAAGAAGAGCAGUUUCCCUACUUGUGCCCACCAUGGGCAGGAGAGAAGGUCUACUAUCAUCAGUAACACCACUAAUCCGAUUUGGCACAGAGAGAAAUAUUCCUUUUUUGCACUUUUAACUGAUGUCUUAGAAAUUGAAAUUAAAGACAAAUUUGCAAAGAGCCGUCCUAUCAUCAAGCGCUUCCUGGGGAAACUGACCAUUCCAGUCCAGAGGCUGCUGGAGCGGCAAGCCAUCGGUGACCAAAUGCUCAGCUACAACCUUGGCAGAAGGCUCCCAGCUGACCAUGUGAGUGGCUACCUCCAGUUUAAAGUAGAAGUCACGUCUUCCAUUCAUGAAGAUGCAUCUCCAGAAGCUGUUGGCACCAUUCUUGGAGUCAACACUGUGAACGGAGACCUAGGCAGCCCUUCUGAUGAUGAGGACAUGCCAGGGAGCCAUCAUGACAGCACAGUUUGUGCUAAUGGGCCAGUGUCUGAGGACAGUGCUGCAGAUGGGACCCCCAAGCAUUCUUUCAGGACUAGCUCUACUCUGGAAAUAGACACAGAGGACUUGAUCUCUACUUCCUCAAGGACCUCACCUCCCAGAGGCCGCCAAGAUUCACUCAAUGAUUACUUGGAUGCUAUUGAACACAAUGGCCCCUCCAGGCCUAUGGCAACAACCUCCUCUGAGAGGUCCGUGGGAGCCUCUCCCAAACUGAGGAGUAGUUUUCCCACUGACACAAGACUCAAUGCAAUGCUUCAUAUUGACUCUGAUGAAGAAGACCAUGAGUUCCAGCAAGACUUAGGUUAUCCAUCUUCCUUGGAGGAGGAAGGAGGGUUGAUCAUGUUUGGGGGGACAUCAAGAACUGAUGAUGGGAGCCUGACAUCUCAGACAAAGCCAGAGGAUGACAACCCAGUUGAGACUGAGGAUGCCUCUGUACAUGAAGCUGCAUCCUUGGAUGAGAGGCCCAAGAAUCUUCCAGAGCUGGCAGAUGGCUCCUUGCCCUCUGACACAGUCCCUGAUGAAAAUGAAACUGGCCCUGAACCUCAACCCAGUACUGACCAGGGCAGUGCUGAAUUGUGUGGCUCGCAAGAGGUAGAUCAACCUGUAAGUAGUGCGGACACGGGGACUUCUGACACAUCGGGAGGGAGCCGCAGAGCUGCCAGUGAAACGGAGUCCCUGGACCAGGGGUCUGAGCCUUCCCAGGUGUCCUCUGAAACAGAACCAAGCGACCCAGCCAGGACAGAGAGUGUGAGUGAGGCCAGCACCAGGCCUGAGGGAGAGAGUGACCUGGAAGGAGCCGACAGCUCCUGCAAUGAGAGCGUGACCACACAACUGUCCUCGGUGGAGACACGGUGCUCAUCUCUUGAGAGUGCCCGGUUUCCAGAAACCCCAGCCUUUUCUUCUCAGGACGAGGAAGAUGGGGCCUGUGCAGCUGAGCCCAACAGCAGCCCUGUGGAGGGGUCACAGGAUUCCAUCUGCACUCCGGGUUCUUUACCUGUGGUACAGGUGCCUGGUAGGGAGGAGGAAGGACCUGGGGCCGAAGGGGCUGCUUUACCAGAGCAGGAGGAUCUGGGGACAGUCUGGCAGAGAAGGGGAAGUCUAGAGGGAGCUGCUGCUACUCCUCCUCCUGAUGCUGCUGCUGCAGUGGAGAGCCAGACUCAAGAAGAUGGUGAUGCUGGGGAUGCCCAAGGUGCCUGCGAAGGGGCCACUGCCCAGGAGGAGGGCGCUACUGGAGGUUCUCAAAACAAUGGCCACCAGCCCUUGCGGUCACUACCUUCAGUUCGCCAGGAUGUCAGCCGGUACCAGAGGGUGGACGAGGCUUUGCCACCAAACUGGGAGGCACGCAUUGACAGCCAUGGCAGGAUCUUCUAUGUGGAUCACGUAAACAGAACCACGACGUGGCAGCGGCCGACAGCUCCCCCAGCCCCACAGGUGCUGCAGAGAUCGAACUCUAUACAGCAGAUGGAGCAACUGAACCGGCGUUAUCAGAGCAUCCGUAGGACCAUGACUAAUGAGAGGCCGGAGGAAAAUACCAGUGCUAUUGAUGGGUCCGGGGAGGAGGCCGACUUCCACCAUGCCAGCGCAGAUUUUCGACGGGAGAAUGUCCUGCCCCACUCUACCUCCAGAUCCAGGCUCACACUGCUGUUACAGUCACCCCCCGUGAAGUUCCUCAUCAGCCCAGAGUUCUUCACCGUGCUGCAUUCUAACCCUAGUGCCUACCGCAUGUUUACAAACAACACGUGUUUGAAGCACAUGAUCACCAAAGUCCGGCGGGACACCCACCACUUUGAACGCUACCAGCAUAACCGGGACCUUGUGGGAUUCCUCAACAUGUUCGCAAAUAAGCAGCUGGAGCUUCCGAGGGGCUGGGAGAUGAAGCACGAUCAUCAGGGCAAGGCUUUUUUUGUUGACCACAACUCGAGAACCACCACCUUCAUUGAUCCUCGGCUCCCACUUCAGAGCAGUAGACCCACUAGCGCGCUGGUUCAUCGCCAACACCUGACAAGGCAGCGCAGCCACAGCGCGGGUGAGGUAGGAGAAGAUUCUCGGCACGCAGGACCACCAGUUCUUCCCAGGCCAUCCAGUACAUUCAAUACAGUCAGUAGGCCACAGUACCAGGACAUGGUUCCAGUGGCUUAUAAUGAUAAAAUUGUUGCAUUUCUGCGUCAGCCCAACAUCUUUGAAAUUCUACAGGAGCGUCAACCUGAUCUUACCAGGAAUCACUCACUCAGGGAGAAGAUUCAAUUUAUCCGAACUGAAGGGACCCCUGGAUUGGUGCGCCUUUCAAGUGAUGCAGACCUUGUUAUGUUGCUGAGUUUAUUUGAAGAAGAGAUAAUGUCAUACGUGCCUCCACAUGCCUUACUCCACCCCAGCUACUGUCAGUCCCCGCGUGGCUCCCCUGUGUCAUCCCCCCAGAACUCACCAGGUACUCAGCGUGCCAAUGCCCGGGCUCCAGCCCCUUACAAGCGAGAUUUUGAAGCCAAACUAAGGAACUUUUACAGGAAGUUAGAGACUAAAGGAUAUGGACAAGGCCCAGGGAAAUUAAAGCUAAUUAUUCGAAGAGAUCACUUGCUAGAAGAUGCUUUUAAUCAGAUUAUGGGCUACUCCAGAAAAGACCUGCAGAGAAAUAAACUGUAUGUCACCUUCGUCGGGGAGGAAGGUCUGGAUUACAGUGGGCCUUCCAGAGAGUUUUUCUUCCUGGUAUCCAGAGAACUCUUUAACCCCUAUUACGGCUUAUUUGAAUAUUCAGCCAAUGACACAUACACAGUACAAAUAAGUCCCAUGUCUGCUUUUGUAGACAAUCACCAUGAAUGGUUCCGGUUCAGUGGUAGGAUCCUUGGUCUUGCACUAAUACACCAGUAUUUGUUGGAUGCCUUUUUCACACGGCCCUUUUAUAAGGCUCUUCUUAGAAUUCUGUGUGACCUGAGUGAUCUAGAAUACCUUGAUGAAGAGUUCCACCAGAGUCUUCAGUGGAUGAAAGACAAUGAUAUCCAUGACAUCCUAGACCUCACGUUCACUGUGAAUGAAGAAGUUUUUGGACAGAUCACUGAACGAGAAUUAAAACCAGGGGGUGCCAAUAUCCCAGUCACAGAGAAGAACAAGAAGGAAUACAUCGAGAGAAUGGUGAAGUGGAGGAUUGAGAGGGGUGUGGUGCAACAAACAGAGAGCUUAGUGCGGGGCUUCUAUGAGGUGGUGGAUGCCAGGCUAGUAUCUGUUUUUGAUGCAAGAGAACUGGAACUGGUCAUUGCAGGCACAGCUGAGAUAGAUCUCAGUGAUUGGAGAAACAACACUGAAUAUAGAGGAGGGUACCAUGACAAUCACAUUGUAAUUCGGUGGUUCUGGGCUGCAGUAGAGCGGUUCAACAAUGAACAGAGACUAAGGUUGCUACAGUUUGUUACAGGCACAUCCAGCAUUCCCUAUGAAGGAUUUGCUUCUCUUCGAGGGAGUAAUGGCCCAAGAAGAUUCUGUGUGGAGAAAUGGGGGAAGAUCACAGCUCUUCCCAGAGCUCACACAUGUUUUAACCGUCUGGAUCUUCCUCCAUACCCUUCCUUUUCCAUGCUUUAUGAAAAGCUCUUGACAGCAGUUGAAGAGACCAGUACCUUUGGACUUGAGUGACCUGGAAGCAUGAUGCUCGGCUCCUCAUGGACAGGCACUUUCAUAAGCCAGACUCCAAGAAAACGACAGAACAUUGGAAGUCUCCAGCCAAGGCUUCCAUUACAGAAAGCUGAGUGCUGUUUUCCAGGGACAGAUGCUCUCACAUUUGGGGACUGGCCAUGAGUCCUCUUGGAAGGAUUUGGGGGAGCUUGAUGCCCACGGAACAACCCAACAGUCUUUCAAUCAACAGUUCUUGACUGCCAAACUUUUUUCCAUUUGUUAUGUUCCAAGACAAAGAUGAACCUGUACAUGAUCAACUCCAUGGUAAUUUUUAGGGACCCAGGAGACUCUUGAAACUUUCCCUUGAAUGUGGUUCAAACCAGACUGGCAGCACUUGGUCCAAUCUCUAAAUUAGUUCAAGUUAAAUAAUAUAAUAAAAACAAAUAUAUUUCCUGAAAGUACAUUCAUUUAAACCCUAAGUUAUAACAGAAUAUUCAUUUCUUGCUUAUGAGUGCCUGCAUGGUGUGCACUAUAGGUUUUGACUUUCACAGGACAUGAGUGAAAAUGAAACCAAGUCAAUAUGAGGUAACUAAAGAUUUGAAAUAAGGUGGUCUGUGAAAAUGUAUAUGCAAGUGGUAUGUGUGUAAUUCUGGCUGAAGACAAACUUAUUCAGUGAAUUACUAAUGACAGAUUUAUGCUUUAUAAUGCAUGAAAACAAUUUAAAAAUAUCUAGCAAUUAAUCACAGCAUAUCAGGAAAAUGUACACAGUGAGUUCUGUUUAUUUUUAUAGGUUCAUUAUAUUUAUGUUCUUUAAAAUGUAUAUAAGGACCCAUCCACCAUACUGUAUGUACCCUCCAUUUCAUGUUCCAUGCUUACUUGGGCAUCAUGCUAGUACAUAUCCUUUGAAGCACUUUCAAGGGAACAAAAGGGCCUUUUAUUUUUAUAAAGGUUAAAAAAAAAUUCCCCCAAACAUUUUUCACUGAAUGUACCAAAGUUGAAGGGACAUUAUAAUAUGACUAAAAGCAACUUCCAUCACUUGACAAAUAGAAAGUAGCUUCUAAAUCAGAUUUCCUUCACAGUGCCAUGUCAACCACUACAAGGACUGUGCGCCUAAGUAAUAAUUUUUUAAGACUCACUAUAUGUGAUGGUAUGAUGUGCAUUUAUUUAAAAUGCAUUAGACUCUCUUCCAUCCAUCAAAUACUUUUCAGGAUGGCAUUUAUUACAGAUAUUUCGUAUUUCCCCAACAGCUUUUUAUUUGUACAGCAUCAUUAAACACUAAGCUCAGUUAGGGAGCCAUCAGCAACACCGAAGAGAUCAGCUCUCUUAGUAAUAGGAAUUCCAUUUUCCCUCAUCAGUGAAGAUUUCAUGAAUUGAAACUCUCAGUACUAUAUUUCUAAGCCUGCAUUUUCACUGAUGGAUAAUUUUCUUAUUAAUAUCAAAAUUUUUUCUAUGAUCUCUCCAAAACUGCAUGACAUCACUGACAUGUUUUCUUAAUUUUGUGAAAGGGUAUCCUUCAUUUUAAUUGCUUUGGGGAUUAUUCCACAUCAUUGUUUAUUUCCUGAUUUAUAACCAUAACUAACCAGACACACAAUACAGUUGAAUUGAGGAAGGUAAAUCCACUGGAUUAACAUUUAGUUUGCCAGUCUGAGGGUUUACAGGUAUUAUCCCAAUGUUUCUUUGAGAAUCUUGUUUAUAAGUAUCUAUGGAAUUCCUAUUGUGGGAUGUUGGCAACUUUACAUUUUAUAGAGGUCAUAUGCACAGUUUUCAUAGGUAUUUUGUAAGAACAAUUUUUCUCCCAUUAGUUAAGUUGUGUUUACUGUUGGGACUCUCAAGGAGAAUGACACUCAUGUUUCAUUACUGCACUAAGGAAAGCACUGUGGUGUGGGGAAAUGUUCUAGGAAAAAAGAAAAAGAUGACAGAAAUAUAGAAAACAUAUAAGGAAUAUUUAUUUGUGUACCAUAAUUGGACCAGAAAAAAGAAUGACAAGAACAUUGAUUGAAAUUAUUAGUUUGUACUUAUUUGUCAUGAAUACAAGUAUAUGUUUAAUUUUUGCAAACUGCUUUUACUUGUUUGUAUUUUUUCAUUGUAAGGAAAAUAUACCACACUAACAUACAUUUUUAAAUCACAUUUUUGAUGUGUCAGACCUGUGUUCUCUAAACAGUUGUCAUGAAGGUGUCUGUAGAAGGUUGCCUUUCUUUCAAAAAUAUAAUUAUGGACCAUAUUAACAUUUAUUUCGGUUUGAGACACUUUGCCACCAUAUGCCAUACUACUAGGCAAAAGAUGUUUGAAAUAAAAUAUAUCUCCCUAACUAUUUCUAACAAAUAUAUGUCUUUGUUAAGGCAGCCAACUUCUCAACAGUUUCUAAGUGUGUCCAGAUAUUCUUAAUUAGUUGAAUUAUCUAGUUGAUGCUGUUCUCAGAAUUGGAAAUUAUCAAAGUUGUAGCUAGCAUGUAAGAAACAAGGAGAACCUAUCUAUUAUUCUUCAUGAGUAAAACAAAAAGCAAACAAUAAUAGCUAUGUAAAAUUUAAAUAAUACUUCCACUGAAUAAAUUAGAUACCAUUAUACUCUACAAUUAGAAAUAGCCAUAAAUAUCUUCUUCCAAACUGUGAACCCAGAUAACUUGGCUCUUUGGUUUAGUUUUCUUUGAGAGAUUUAUAACUGACACUACUUAUAAUUGUGAUAUAUUAUGUCUGUAUCAUCCCUUAAAGGAGAAAACAGGCACACCGUUGACAUUCCCUCUAUGAUAAUGGAGCAACAAGAUUCUGAAUCUGACCUUCAGAAAGAAGCUCACAAUCUAGUAUAAAGAGAUGCCAAGGUUCCCAAAAGCAUUUUAAAUAAAAGAUUAAGUUCUACAAUUAAGGAAUAAAGAAAGAAUAGCCUAUCCAUCCCAGAGGUUUGAGUCCAGCUUCAUGGAUAUGAGAUUGUGUAGCUGGAAGAUAUCAGGCAAAUGCUAUUUCUGUUUGUAACUAACAGGAUGUCAUAGAACACCACUUUUGGUAAGUCUGGAAACCCAGAAAGCAUUUUCACAAGAAGGUUUAAAGUGUGUAGGUGGGAGCUGAACUGUGAAAGAGCAAGUCAAGAAUCUUCAAGGUAUCAAAGAAAUGCCAAACAAGUCUGGCAGUUUCCUUCAGACUCCCUUCCUCUGAAUUAUAAUAUACAUUCAGUUUUCAGUGUAAAAUAUGGUUCCUGAGCCCAAAUCCCACUUACGGGAUCAAAACAUUUUUCUUGUGCACAAAAUGAAUAAUUCAAGUCAAAGAAGUGCAGUCACAAUUUUCUAGCAUGUGUUAUAUUUAUAAUUUGUGGUCAUUCUGUAACAAGUAAAAUCUAGAAAACACAAUUGGACUAGAAAGGAAAUACAUUUUGCACAAUUAAAGUGUAGCUUCAGGUGGCAUUCUCUAAAUUCAACUCGAGUCUCAGAGAGGAAAGAUGGCUAACACCUACUGGUCACGACAGUGCUUAAAAGGUGUCAUCGCAAGGAUGGUGAAGGCAGGGUGUGUGGAGUGUUGUCCUCUCACAAUGCUUUCAGGUCUACUGUCUCUUUUGAUCCUCAGUCACUUGGUUAGGGAGAAGUGUCUAGUUCUAUCUGGGCUGAGGCUGAUUUUCAAGAGUGACUUGCGAAAUCAGUUUUAGUACUUUAUAGUCACAAUUCUGUGUUUCAGCUCAAGAAAUAGUGUUUGCACCGAUAUAUUCACUUUCAGAAGCUUCACCUUCCCAAUCUCUCUUUUAAACAAACACGCUUAAAAAGUGACACCUCCUGAAAAGCCCACGGAAGGCUACAUUCAUUCCUCAAAGACUUAAUGUUUACUUUUCACUGCUUGGCAGGAGGAAUUUAAAAUGAGGCAAAAUCUGGUGGCUUUUGGUGAAUUUCUACAUCAUAGUUUAGUUUUCUCAGAUAUGUAGGAGCAAGAAUGUGGGAAAGGCACCAAUCAGAAGUCUGGUUUUCUUUAUUAGUUUUUGAUAAGCAUGAGUCUACAGAGUCCUGACAACUGAAUUCCGGUGAGAUGGGGGAGGGGACCACUACAGCUUUUCCUCAUCUACUUUAGUUCAAAUAACUUGUUUCCAUUUUUGCACAAGCUUUAUUUAUGAGUUGGCCACUUAUAACAAGGCACAUAUAAUGAAGAAUCUAGAAGUUUACACAAUGUAACUGUAUUCAGGAAACUACAGAGGCGGGAGAAUGAGGCCACAUUAUCUUUAAAAGGCAUCACCAACUGUGCAUAAGCAGCAGCAUGCAAACGAACACAGCCUAACCUCCAAUGGGGUUUCUGGCCCCAUUGUUGAUGAGCGACACUCUAAAUCAUAGCCGUCUUACUUCCAUGUGACUUGACCUUAAAUAUACUAUCCCUUGGAAGUAUAUCCUGGUUGGCAAAAUUUAUUUAUUUUGUAGUUCUAUUGCAUUUUCCAGAUAAUUUGCCUAGCAUGUAAGCAAAAAAACCCCACAGACAUUAAAGACGUCUGAUUUGUGGCUAAAGGCCAACUGCUACCACUAAAAGGGAUAAAAAUAAAACAUAGAAAAGCCCAGCAGUUGUACCACCCCUGAGAAUAUAAUGCUCACUACUAACCAGCUGACAAGAUUCAGGAGCAGCAACUACAUUCUAGAAUCUGGCAUCAGGAGUAUAAUGAAUGUUUGUGUCACCUGUAUCAGAGCAACCUGGGCCGUGACCAAAAGGAUGUUAAGACCUUCUGGACCACAGACUAGCCAAAGGAGCAAUGCAACAAUGGUACAAGCACUAUCUUAGAGCAUUUUAGUGGGGGUGGGAAUGUGUUCCAUUUUGGUUGCUGAGUUUUGAGAAUACCUUCAUGUUUAAGGCACACAGUGCCUGGCAGCCUAUCUGGAGGGAAAUACCUUGGCUUUAUAAAUUCAAUAGGCUGUAUUUCCUAUAUUGCAAAAUGAAAUUUAGGUCUAGAGUAUUAUUGCAUUAAAUUGUUAUGUAUUAUUUUUA